GCUACCAUAGGUGGAGCGCAGCGGCAGAGAGCCGUUAAGCAAUGCUGGGCAGCCGGGAAGAGAGCGCCGCUGGCGGACAGGAAGCGGCCCCCGGGCCGGUGGGCCCCCCGGGGCCCCUUAACCCGGAGCACCGCGGGCAGGAGAGGGCCCCCGGCCGGGCAGGGUGGCGUGUCAGGGGUCUGGUCAGCUGGAGGCAGCAUCCGGUCAGGACGUCAGCCCUGUUUGCUGCAGCCAACGCGGUGAUCUGGUUUGUUGCCUUCAGCUCUUUUCGGAUCUACAGCCUUAUUUCCAUCCUGUUGAUUCUGCUGGUCGUCACGGUAACCGCAAGAGAUGCUGUUUGGACCAGAACCAAAGGAGCUCCUGUGUGGCGCAGCAUGACCAGCAGUUGGGAGAUCAUUGAUUCUGGGCAGGACAGCCGGUCCAGAACCGGACCUCAACUCGGUGACUCCCUGAGACUUUUCAUCCAGGAGACGUCGGCGUUCAAACAGCAGAACCCUGGCAAGUUCUGCCUGCUGGUCUGCAGUCUCUGCACCUUCUUCGCUCUUUUGGGUCGCUACGUUCCAGGAAUCGUUAUCUCCUAUAUCAUAUUGCUGGGUAUUUUCCUGUGGCCUUUGAUUUCAUCUCAAGACAAAAGUUUGUGGCUGAAGCCAGUUCUGCAGAAGCUGGACUUCGGCAUCGGGCAAUUUUUUUAUAAAAUCAAGCAGAACCAUGAGAAGAGACUCGUUCAGGCUCAGAUGGAGAGAGAAGGCGUCGAAUCCGACCUUUCUUCAAUGUUUCCCAAGCUCGACUCCACGGUGUGUAAAGACAUGUCGGUGUCAGAUACUGAAGUGUCUGACGUGACAUGGACGGAUAACGGCACUUUCAACCUGUCAGAGGGACACACACCGCAGACGGAGAACUCAGAAGAUCUUGAUAAAGAGGAAUUGUUCACUGCUGGUCUCCCAGAUUUCCCUUCCCUUGAUAACGGCACAACAACCAACGGUGACGAUGACCUCAGCCUUGACCUUUCCUUACCUCCGCCUCAACCAAUCAAAUCAAACCGAUUGCCUCCUACGUCACACGAAGGCCAACCGAGCGGCAGCGCCCUGGAACUGGUCAACCAGAUGGCCAGUGACGUCAUCGCCGCUGCCGUUACGUCCGCCAUCCAGGAGAGGAUAGAGGCUGCCGUCGGAUGCUUGUCUCUGAGCGAAGACCCCGAGAGGUCAAGGCCUCCGGAUUCGAGCCGACUGCUGGACCUGGCCGAGGAGUCUGACAGCGAGGUGGAGGACUUUGAGCUGCUGGACCAGUCUGAGCUGGAGCAACUGGAAGGGGAGCUUGGGUUGGUAGAGGAGAAGACGAAACCCAAAGAGGAGGAACCGGUCAAGACCGACAAACCAGCCUCAUCUGGAUUCUUCUCUAAACUCCUCAGACGCCACUGAUUGGUGAAAAGUUUGGCAGGGGAGGGUAGAUGGUCACAAAGGACAAUCAGAGUUUCUGUCACCUUUGGCUUCUUUUUGAGGAGAAAGCGUUACCAUUUUUCUCUUUUAGAGCUAGCUUUUACAUUUGAAACAUCUAUUUCAGCUCAUGCGCAGCAGAGGUUCACUUACUUUAGUAUAUAUGUCGAUCUGGUCAUGAUGUGGAAGUUCUUAAAGGAAGCAGAACCUGUGAUUUGAAAUCUGUCUUCAGUAAAACAGCCUGGGCAAAGAAAAGGAAGUUAGGAAUGUCAAAGCCUAUCAUUAUUGUUCCACACUAGAUUUUACAGUUUAAAAGGAAUUAAAAACCUCACAGUAGCUCAGACCGUCAACCUUUUAAUAAGUAAAUACUCGUUCUAUAAUAUUUCUCAUCAGAUAAGUUUCUGCACCUCCACAGCAGCCAGUCAGUUGAAAUCAUGAACCUCAAAUCAACAUGUCAUCUUUCUCAGGUGGUCAUACUGAGGCCUUUCAGGACUUCACAUUGUUUAGAUGCAUUAUAACUCUAUUAUAAACCCAAUGCCACGCUUUCCUGCUCCUUAUUUCUAACAACAACACUGCAGGUUUAUCUUUGACAGGCAGGCCAAAAUAAUUGGGAUUUAAACUCAGAGCUUCUCUGUCUCUCAGCAAUCAGUGCAGCAGAUCCUGGGUGCGUGCAAUUUGGAGGUAUGUGCGUUGCUUCUCAGCUGGGAACUCAACAUAUCCCAGUUUCCUUUAGCAAGGAUUCCUUGUUACUGGGGUGCUUGUUGUCAUGAAUAGAGUGGAUUGCUCGUUGCCAAGAGGGAAUUUAUCAGGAGCAAAAACGACCAGAAAUGUUGAUGUGAUGAGAGUUGGAGUUUUAUUCACCAUGUUUUUCUUCCAUUUGAGUCUCAAAUG